AUGUUGAUAAUCAUUGACCAAUAUAAAGAGAAGGUGAACCUAGCUGCUAGUCAUGGGCAUAUGCUGGAAGAUGAACAGGCAAAUGUGUUAGCCUUGCGGGUUGAAAGGGAAGCGAGAGAAGGGGUGAUAGAGUUAUUGCAUAAAGAAGCCAUGAAAUGGAUGGAUAGAUUUGCUCUCACUCUGAAUGAGAGUCCAGAGCUUCCAAGGUUGUUAGCUAGAGCCAAGGCGGUGGCUAACACAUACUCUACUCCUGAUAAAGUCCAGAGCAAGCAUCUCCUCCCACCAUAUGGCUUGCCUUCCAAUUAUACACUACCCAAUGUUGAACACGCGCCCGAUGAGAAUGUCCACAAUUCUACUCCCAUACCCAUUGAGAGCCAACAACCCCAAUAUGCCACUAAGGAGCAAGCAUUUGGUUGCGUACCCUUGCCAAAUGCUUUGGAGGGCCCUCAGUAUCGCCCACAAUCACAACUACAACCCUUACAUUUUGUGGUGGGAAGAUUGCCUCCUGCCAUGGCGGAAAGGGAAAAAUUCGAUCACAUAGAAGAAAGGCUGAGGGCCAUUGAAGGAGAUGAAGACUACCCUUUUGCCGACAUGGAAGAACUGUGCCUAGUGCCUGACAUCAUCAUUCCUCUGAAGUUCAAGGUGCCAGAUUUCAACAAAUACAAGGGAACUACUUGCCCCAAGAAUCACCUAAAGAUGUAUUGCCGGAAGAUGGGAGCAUACGCGAAGGAUGAAAAACUAUUGAUGCAUUUUUUCAAGAGAGUUUGGCUGGGGUAG